AUGUCAUCAGCUCGUGGGCCAUCUCAGGCCGCCAAUGCCGCUUCUGCGACAGACAAGGCCACUUUAGCGUUCACCGAGCAGCAUUAUUUCUCCUCGUAUGACCAUUUUGGUAUCCAUGAGGAAAUGUUGAAAGAUACUUCGAGAACGUUGUCGUACAGAAGUGCCAUGUUCAAGAACAGACAUUUGUUCAAAGACAAGGUGGUGUUGGACGUUGGUUGCGGAACGGGAAUUCUCUCGAUGUUUGCUGCGAAGGCCGGCGCCAAGCAUGUGUAUGCUGUGGACAUGUCUAACAUCAUUGAGAAGGCUCGUGAGAUCGUCAACCUCAAUGGAUUUGAGGGCCAAAUUACAUUACUUCAAGGUAAAUUGGAGGACAUUGAAUUGCCCGUAGACAAAGUUGACAUUAUCGUUUCCGAGUGGAUGGGAUACUUUUUGUUGUACGAAUCCAUGUUGGAUACUGUGUUGUAUGCUCGUGACAAAUACUUGGUGGAAGGAGGAUUAAUCUUACCAGACAAGUGUUCCAUGUACAUUGCAGGAAUUGAAGAUGGUCAGUACAAGGAUGAGAAAAUCCACUUUUGGGAAGAUGUUUAUGGGUUUGACUACUCGCCCUUCAUCGAAGUGGCCAUGGCCGAGCCAUUGGUCGACACCGUUGACAACAAGCUGUUAGUUACUGAACCAUACAAAUUUUUUGAGUUUGAUAUCAAUACCGUCACCAAAGAGGGAUUGAGUUUCCAACGGCAAUUCGAGCUUCGUGCCAUUGACACCGACCUUUGUCAUGCCUACAUUGUGUGGUUUGACUGUGAUUUCCCCGGCGACGAAACCGUUACCCUUUCGACUGGGCCAAUGAGCCCAUACACCCACUGGAAACAGACGGUUAUGUAUAUGGAUCAGGUGCUCGAUGUCAAGAAAAACGACGUCAUUAAGGGUCAAAUCGCAUCGCGUCCCAACAGCAAGAAUCCCCGUGAGGUGGAUAUAGAAAUUAUGUGGGAGUUGCGUGACCAAAAGGGAAAAUACAACUACUUCAUGAGAUAG